AUAUUCACGGGAUCCGCCGUCGGUCCGCCGACAAUCCCUACAAUCACCCAGUUAACAACCUAUAAAUAACGUAACAUUGGCCAAAGUCAGUGGUACGAGGAUAGAGUGACUCUUGACCGGCAUUCUGGAAGGUCGAAACCUCAGCCGAGGUCCUGGUGACCCUGUCACAAACCUCUGCCGGCUACUACAAUUCCCCCAAGGAAGUUAAACGAGUCUAAUACUCUCACGUAACUCGCGCCUUUCAAGCCCACCACAAUAAUCAUCAUUAUCCCCCAAACGAUUAGUUGGAAAUGGAGGUGGUAUUAACCUGGUGCGUCAAAUGGUGGUGGAAGAGGCUCUUCGUGGUGUAGGCGCAGGCGCGCAACAACCGGGGAAAGUACUUAAAGAGGUCUGAGGUAAUUCAAAUUGAAAGGCCACUGCCAUCUCGACUGCUGAAGCUGUUUCUUCCAGCCGACGCCUGUACUAGUAAGGAAGAAGAAAAAUUUCUUCCAAAAAAACAAUAUUUAUUUCAGGUGUAGAAAUUAAACAAUGAAACCGUAGCUAUUCAAUUCAGUUGAGGUGAAGUGAAGUGACGAGAAAAUCAUCAAAUUAAUCCGAACAAGAGGCGUCAUUAUAAUGGAUGAUCAAUUGGAAAUUCAGCAAGAGUCGUUGGACGCAGUGGGAAGUCUAUCGCAUGUGCCACCACCGAUGAAGAAAUCAGACACCCGUGACAGCAUAUCAUCAGUGGAUAGCGAUCUAAGUCUGUCCUUUGAUCGUCGUGGAUCGAAAGGAGAAGAAGCUGAUUUAUCGGAUUGCAACAGUGGAACUGAUGACAAUGAGAGACUGUCAAACUCUCAAACCCAGUGUGAUAAUAGCCAUAAUAAUAUCAAAGUCACCUCAGAAGUCUCCCGACCCGAAGAGCAUGAGGCAUCUCAGGUGCCUGAAGACCCCCAGCAGGAGAUCAUAACAGUCAGCGACGAUUUGGCCGAGAAGAUAGCUUCCCAAGUGGAGUUCUACUUUUCCGAUGAAAAUAUCGUCAAAGAUGCGUUUCUCCUGAAGCACGUCAAGCGGAAUAAGGAGGGAUAUGUCUCCCUGAAGUUGAUAUCAAGCUUCAAAAGGGUGAAACAUCUCAGCAGGGACUGGCGGGUGGUUGGAGCAUCGCUCAGAGCUAAAUCAACCAAGUUACAGGUCAAUGAACAGGGAACGAAGCUACGGAGGCUUGAUCCACUUCCUCAGUAUGAUCAGACACUGCCAUCGAGAACAGUUGUUGCUGCUAGACUGCCAGUUGAUAAAAUAACAAUUGAAUCGGUCGCUGAAUUGUUUGGUCAGUGUGGGGAAAUUGCACUCAUUAGAAUUCUCAAACCCGGACAUCCUGUACCAGCAGAGAUUCGUCAGGCUAUUGCAAAGAAAUCUGAAGUAGGAAUUGAUGAGGAGUGCGCGGUUAUUGAGUUCACGGAUUCAGCAGCGGCUAGAGCAGCUGUGGGGCUGUCCCUGGGGGAGGCGAAGAUGUUUGAACUGCAGACCUCGGCCAGUGAGAAGAAACGGAAGCAGGCCCUCGUCGCCAAGGAGGGACAGGGGGCAGCGGUGAAGAAAAGCGCUGGCAACAGAAUUGCUGCUGCAAGACAGAAUGCCUACAAUUCGUCUAGCUGUCCCAGUGGCUCCGAUGAAGAGAUACGCAGCUCCAGGAGCCCUAGGGGUGGUAAGAGGAUGGAGGUGGGGGCCAGAACCAACUUUCCGGCGAGUGGACCGCAACCUAUACCCUAUCAAGGACCGCCGUCCCCGGAAGUCUGGCUUCCACGUCGUUUCUCUGCCUGCGUGAUAGGAGCAACAGAUCAGCUGGAGAGUGGUAUCCUCGUGCGUCGGCUUUCAGGAUCCAGUUCGGAUACCACCAAUUACUCCAACUACUCCCGACGUUUCUCCACCUGUUCCUCAGGUUCCGAAACUGGUUACACCUCCCCCAUCCUCCACAAUCCUCAUCAGAAUGCCCACAACCUCUAUCCCCCGAUGAACUACUGGCCGAAUCAAGCACGGAGAUACUCCUGCUGCGGCCCCAGCCAGUCUCCGCCGUUUAACUACGGAAGCCCGACUGGAUUCUACCAGACGACAAGGAGAGGCUCCACCGACUGCGGCCCCUUCCUCAGGAGACUCUCUACAUGCAGCAGGGACUCCGGCUACGAGGCCACCAGGAGGCUCUCCUCAUGCUCCUCCUCCUCGGAGUCCUGUGGGGGCUUCAGAUCUCGUAGCAAUAGUGGCUUCGUCGUCAUGGCGCAUUUACCCGAGAACGUGACGAGGAUGCCGUCAGGACCUGAUGGAACUAGAGGCUUCGGAAGGAGCAACAAUAACGACGGCAAUAAUACCGUUCAGACCUGCGGUUGAACCGUCAUUUUUUGUAUUUUUAUUAAAAAUGUAGUUUCUAUUCUCUCAGUCAUCAUUCAUUCUUGUGAGGAAGUGUAAAAGCGGUAGAACUCGAUGAAUCGGUCAUUAGAAGGUGAGGUCUCACGUAUUAAUAAAUUCAAUUGAAAAACUCUACGAAUCCGCUAGAAAAAUCUGUAAAAAUAGACGGGAAAUUUUUCACGAAAUUCUAUUUAUUUUUUUAGCAACUAUUUGAGAAAAUCGUACCCAAUAAUUUAAAUAGUGAAAAUCUCAAGGGAAAUUUUCAAAACAGGUAAAUGUCAAUCUAAUCAAAUUUAUCAAACGAAAAGAAUUUUAAAAGCAUACAAUUUUCUGGCACAUUCACUAAGAUUUUCAAUUGAAUUUUUUCGUAUGGGCUUGAUAAAUAUCCUGAAAUGGACGGAGAUUCAUAGUUCUUUAUGUGAACAACAAAAAGUCAACACUAAUUCCUACACUAGACUAUCAUUUGUAUUUAUUCCCUACUUUAUGACAUCACCUAAAAUUUAGAUCUGUCUAUUAGUAUUUCUUUUGAAUGCAAAUUUUGUGAGAAAAUUUGAGUGAAUUUGUUCGUUGUAAAGUGGAGUUUGAGCAUUUAUUAUAAGUGAAUUUUCUGAUAUGUGAUAAAAGUUCCUCAGACACUUGCAAUUGUACGAGUAAAUCUACUGUGUGGUUUUAUUUGUAUAUAAUAUUCAUGUUUAAUAAAUAGCCGAGAGGAAAUCAUGCAGGCUAUGAAUAAUGUAUUAUGAGACGUAGAUUUUUUUAUGGAUUGAUGGAGGACGAACAUUUUGAAAUAAAUCCAGAUGGAUAAGCACGUUUGACAGGACUUUAUUUACGCGCUCCAUUUCUUAAUUUCAUGAUGGGCUCCAAAAUCGCCAUUAACAUUUGUGAAAGGGUCUCUAUGAUUUUGGAAGCUAAAUAUUGUAUGUUGGAAAAUAAGGGAACUGCUCAAAGUCCCUUGGGAAAACGUCUGUUCUGUUUCCAAAAUAAAAAUUUCUACAAACA